AUGAGUACUGUCUGGAAUAUUGAUGACUUGGAUGUGGCUAAUUUCGAGGUACCUUUUCCUCCUGGCCAAUCAGUAGAAGAAUUUACACCAAAAGAAAACGGGGAGAUGGUGACCAAGUGUAACAAAUUUUUUAUAUACCGUUCUUACGUAAAUAAAUUGUUGAAGAGUAGAGGUAUCAAAUUGAAUGGUGGCGGUCAAAAGCUUAGUACAUUUGCGACGAGGCUUUGGGCUAAGGAACCUGAAAAUCAAAAAAAAUAUUAUGGAAAAAUAGCAAAAAAACUUCAGAAAACCUAUUCUAAGAGAAUAUCGAAAAAUAAUGAACAAGAAUCGACAAAGCUAAUAGGAUCACAAAGCGUUGAUCAACAAAUUGCCCACCAACAAAUUAACCAACAAACUGACCAACAAAUUAACCAACAAGCUGACCAACAAAUUAACCAACAAACUGACCAAAAAAUUAACCACCAACAGAUUGUUCAACAAGAAUUCAUGUAUUCCCCUUCAUAUUAUUCGUAUGAGGAUUGGAAAUCGAUUUGGAAAAUCGAAUAUCAAUUAAUGGACUUGCAGAAUUCUUCAACCCCACCUUUUUGA